CAAAGUUGGGCAACGGACGGGUUUUUCUGAUCAGCAUGAUACGUGUUUAUUUUUGUUAUUUAUUUCAAUUAUAAUGAGAUUAACAUCGUUUGCUCUCUGAAACUAUAGUGUACUAGUGCGUUGUUGUUACUUUUUGCUCAGUGCAGUGUUGUGAACAUCAAUGGCUUCUACGCCGAAGCAAGUGAACGGAUCAAACGGUGGCCCCUUGGGAAAGCGGAAGAAGUCGCGGGGGAGCAAGGGCUCGUAUCUUUCAAAGUGGUUAGACAAGAGUUUACAUCACAUACAAGACUCUACUCCAAGCAUGGAUACGUACGAGACUUACGUCAAUCCUAAUUUGAAUUUUCCGUUGGUUAGUUCUCAAUUCGCGCCUGGCUUCGACCAAUAUCGGUACAUGUAUGGAUGUGCGGAGCCGAUGUCGCUUCCCACGCUUCCUAGUUACUGCAGUCCUGCAGUUCCACCUCUGUACAAUCACGAGUACCGGUAUACACAAAGCGUGAACAAGAGUAUCCAGGUGCAGAGGCCAAGAAUGCGGAGACGAAGCGAAAACAAGGCUGAGGAAGUGCACAGCACGCCAAAUAGUACGUUGAGUAAUACAAAUUAUCUCCAACCAAAGAACUUCACGGAUAGUCAAGACUUUGCCAGCUUGCCGCCGAUAGUUACGUCAGUCGCCGACACGAAUUCGAACAGCGAUAUGAAUACUAAUGACAAAGAUGAUGGGAGUAACGCCAGAAGGUUCAGUGAUCCCUGUGUGAGAGGGCUGCCCGAUGUAGCCAGGCCUGCAAACGGUGAAGUUGAGUCUGACUCCGAGUCAAGCUCUGACUUGUCUGGCAGCCAAGUUGGCAGUAGACUUCUGACUCAUCUCCUUGAUCAGAUAAAAAGCCUAAAAUUUGCCAACGAUAGACUAAGCAAAGACUUAUUGGAGACGAAAGUGGAACUGGACAAUGUUCGCCAGCAGAAUAUGAUCCUGCAAAAAGGUUCCAGUUCAAGUUUAGGUGCAAACCACUCACCUUUAAAUGAUACCGGUAUGCUCGGCGGGCAGUACUCGCCCGGGUUCCUGUCGGAGCUGGUGCGCGAGAUACGGGACGCGGCGCGCGUGCGCGAGGAGGCAGUAUACUCGCGGGUGCGAGCGAUGGUACACGAGAGGACAGACAAUAAUCAUGCAACGUCCGAAGCCAAAUUCGCGGAGCAGGCUCUUGAAGAAAUCAAGAGCUCGCUCCGCGCGUCCGAGGCCGACCGGCGCCGCAUGAUGGAUCGCAUCGGCAAACUCGAGGACGAAUUGCGCCUCCUCAGGUUGACAAGCAUAGAAUCCAACGAGACGAAAGCGACGAACGGCAUCGAAGACGCGGAGACGCACCGCAUGCGCAAAGACCUGGCCGACCUGCGCAAGGAAAUGGCGGAUAUGCGCAAAGCGAAGCAGAACGCCGAGGAGCACGCUCUCAAAUUGGAGCGCCUCGUGACGCAACUACGCUCCAAAUUCAACGGUCUAGCAGUCACCAGCGGUCCGGAAUCUUUACCCAGCGACGCGGAACACGAACCCGGGACUCGGGCUCGAAGGACCAGCAACAACUCGGCGAAUAACUCGGCGGUCCUCUUCGGACCUGUCACGGAUUUGUAGCGAACGAACCUGCGACACUUCGCUGUGAUAGUCGCCGCUGAGAUCGUGUGGUCGACCCUCUGUGGGCUUCUUUGAGAACUCUUUUUGUGUACUUUUGAAAGGACAUCGCCUUUUUCACGUUUGUAUUACCUAUUGUGGUUAAGACAGUGGAUAAAAGAACAAACAUUAUUUAGUGUUCUUUUAGAAGGACAAUACAAUUAAGACUAUUCUAACGCUCAGUAAUUCAAUGUAGAGUUUGAAAUAAAGGCUUGCAGAAUUAAAAGCGAGUUAUCCGAGAUAAAUAUUCCGCUGUAGUCAAUCAAUUAGCUGUCAUUAAAUUUACUAAUCAUAUCGCGCUUCCCAUUAUGUACGAAAUUGUAGUUCUAAAUGAAGGACCAACUAAGGUUAAAAGCUUACCCUCUGUUUCAUAUUGCAUAACUGUAUUGAACGUCCUAAAUAAAGGACUGGCAUAAAUAGGCGCUGACUAAGAUUUAGUUGAAAUUAUUACUCAUUGUUAUUAAAGUAUCACAUUAUACACACUCGUAAAAUAUACGUAAUAUCUAGAUGCAUACAAUAUACAUUGUCCAUCCUUAUUGAAGAACUGAUUAAACUAUACGUUAUUUAUGGCUUCAUAAAUCAUAGCUCCAUAGUUUUCUAAAUAAUGGUCACAACACUGUUACUCAUAGCUUAUAAUUGUAACCACCCGUCAUUUAAAUAUUUUACUUCAUCAUAGCAAAUAGCAGUCUUCUCUUAGACUGAUUACUUCACAAUAUGUGAUUGAAAAAGUAAUGCUAGGUACUUUUUGAUAUUAAAGUACAGUUGCGGGCGCAUCAACCUAUUGCUAAUGGAUAUAUAACCUUAUGCUAAAGAUAUACGGUUUAAUCCAUGUUGUUUAAAGUGGCGACUGUACUUAAAAGCUCUUUCAGGCGUGCUUUUGUACAUAUCUUUAUUAAAAUUACUUUCAUUUUAACACCAAAGUUUAACCUUAAUGAUUUAUUUUAGUUUUUAUCGUGGUUAAGUUUUAGUUUAUUAACAUAUCGUCCAUUUGCGACGACAUUGUGACAUCUUCAGUUAGAUUAACAGAAGAUGUCACACUUAUGUCGUCACAAAUGGACGAUAUAACAUUCACAAUUAUUAUCACUUAUACAAGAACUUCUACUUUCAGAUACAUGAACUAUUUAUAAAUUGUUACUACUACUGCUGAAAAGGUGCAUAAACAGUGAAUUAGAUCAAAACGUUGAAUAAAAAAGUUUAAAAAUGUACUGAACUAAUGUUGAAGAAAAUUUAUUUCAUAAAGUGUUUGCUUGGUACAGUUACAUUUCUAUUUUGUUUUUUGUACUUGCUCGAUUGUGUCGGAAAAUGUCUUAUCAAGCUACCUACACUGUUGCAUCUAAACGUAAGAGAACGUAACAUAAAACGUAUAGCCUGAUGUGCUAUUAACUGACGUCAAGUCUAACAAUCAACAACAAAUAUUUACCCAAAAAUCAAUCGCUAAAAUUGAUCAAUCGACGCGAAUGUGAUCGUUCAACGUUUACCGAUUCAUUCUCGAUAAAUAGAGUCGUAUCGAAACAAUUAGACUAUACUUGUAAGGAUCUGUUUACGUACACGGUUACGUACAUACCUUGAAUGUACCUAAAUGAACCUUAUUACAACGACUUUAGAUGCCAAAAUGUGUAGCUUGUUGUGACGUUUACGUUUGUUGGCGCUUGCAAUUCUCGUCCAAUUCGCAUUUGACACAUUCUCAUUAAGUACCGGUAAUGUUUGACUAUCCCUCGUUUUUUGCGAAUUUUUGGGCCUUUUUGUGUGCUUUCGCGUUGUGUGAUUUAUUUUAUUUUUAUUUAUUCAUUAUUAUUUUUUUUGAGAGAAACAGAAACAGUUCACUGUUUUCGUUAGAAUUCAUUUCGUAAUUAUUAAAAGUCGCCGUGAAUUUGAUUUAAUGAAAAUAUAUUGUCGUUUGUAUUUAUUUUAAAUAUAAUUGUUAUAGUGCUUUAAUUGUACGUAUCAGCUAAUAUGCUGCUAAAAUUGUUUUUUGUGAGUUGAUACUCGUAGUUACGCUUGUUAUACAUAUAUUCGCAAUAGUUAUUUGUCCAUUUUAAUAUUUAUAUUUGCAAGGAGCUGUUGUAAAAUAUUGACCAGUUUCUUCAAAUGCCUAAGAAACUAUUACGUAUAUCAUAUCACAUUAUAAUUGUUUUCAUUCAAUUUUCAUAUCAAUAUACUUUCAAUGGUAUCUACGUUAGUAUAAUUUUCUUAUUUUAAUAUUUGUGCACAUGUUUUUGCUCAUGUUUGUGAUUUAUAUUGAUCGAAUUUAUUUAGACUAGUGGUGUGCUCUCUAAAAUACUUUUUCUUCGCAGUUACUUCUUUCACAAAAUACUAAUUGGUUACAUAAUUACUCUUUUUUAAAAUUAGAAGUGUUUUUGAAGUAUACGAAUACAGGGUGUAGAUGAUUAAUUCAUUUAUCGUAAUCAGAAUCAUAAUGCUUUGAAAAUACGUAUUCUAAUUUAUUUUUGGUUUCUUGCAAUUAAUAAAUGUAACCAAUGUCAAUAGCAUCCACGGUCACAAAUUAAUGCAAAUAUUAAAAAAAUAUAGCACUUAUUUGUGGUCGAUUUACGAUUAGUCAAAUGGAAUUGUAGUAAGAACGUUUAGUUUAAAUUUAUUUAACAUAAUAAUGAAUAAAAUACACUAAUAUACUGUAACUAUACAAUAUAAUAUCACGACUAACUAACCACCGAUAUCGCCCUAGACUAGACUGAUUUUACUAAUAUUUACUAACUAAUACGUAAGUAACAAACCAAAUCAUGAUAUUAAUGUAACUAUAAAGCAAUAAUGUAACUAGAUUUAUUAAUUUAUUUAAUACUUGAAUACUAAUUUAACUUUUGAAUUCAAAAGAGGACAUUUCAAAUGUAGAUAGAAGUUUGCAUUGGUAAAUUGUGUCAAAAAUAGGCAAAAAAUAUUAAUUAGUAGUUAAAAUCGCUUUGUAAAUUGAAAUAGCAGUAGAAUAACUACAUGA